CUCUGGCAAUAAUCACCGAGCAGCGCUUCGUUUGGAAGAAUCAUAUAUUGAAGGUUAUUUUUUUCAUUUGAAGAGUUUUUCCUGUUAUAGUACUCAUAAAUAAAAUGGAUGGAAGUGUACAUAAUUUUUUGAGUGAAGUAAAUGAUACAGUGCCUUCAGAAGAAAGAAUCAAAGAAACUUCAUGGCAGGAAUGUUUUGAUGACCAAAGUGGAUGUCCAUACUAUUGGAACAUAAACACUAAUGCAGUCACCUGGGAAAUGCCUUUAGAAUUUAAGGAAUGGCUGGAGGCUAACAAGAAACCCAAUGGCCUCUUUCCGUCCAUUGCUUCCAAUGUAAAAGUGUACAACAUCAGAGAGGAAACAAGUAAAUUAAAUAACAAACUGUACACAAUCAAGGACAAUGCUAAAUUCAACAAGACCAAAGUUAAGAAAAAACCAAUGCCAAAGUCCAAAAAUGGCAGUGAUUCUGAGGAUGAGAAAAUAACUUUAAUUUCCUCAUAUGGUGGGGAUUCAGAUAGUGAAAGUGAGAGUGCAGAUGAAAAUAAGAAAAAGGAAAAUAUUAAACCAGUUCAGUCUGAAGUCACUGUUUUGGUACCGAAUACAACAAAGGAAAUCCUCAAAGAUAAAGUGACUGGUUUUUCGCUCUUGGCAGACUACGGAGAUGAUGACGAUACUGAUUUGGACGAGGAACCGAACGAGCCCGAACCUACGCAAUCACACAGCACCCUAUUUCCCGUUAUAAAACCAAUAGAUGUUAAACAAUUUGAAGAGCCCAAAGUGAAUGAAUACUUGGCCAAAGAUACAGAUGAUUUGGAUACAAAAGCAUUCAAGCGCAAACGUCGGAUCGGAAUCAAUUUAACGAACUCUCCGAAGCAUAGAGCGCUGGAUGCUGAUGACGAUGGAGGAGAGCGUAAGGGAUUCGGGUUUAGUGAAAAUGAAAGCGCAAAGAGCAGCAGCGCUAAGAGCGGGAUGAAAAUAGCGUUCAUUAAAUCGGAUACAUUGAAUCCGACGAUAAGUGAGGAGAAGACCGAAGAUGAUGAAAUUAGCGAAUCGCAUUUAUCUCUCAAGGAAAAAUUGCUAUUCUUGUCCGAAGGGAAAGAAUCGGUCAGUCCGGUGCAAAUCAUGCUCAUUCAAUUAGAGACGUUGCAUACAGCAUUAAGAGAUGGAAGUCUGAAUUCUGGAUAUUUAAAGAAAUGGCUGACGGAGACGUGUGAAGGUUUGGUUAAGCUCGAAGAGGCAGCUGCGCCGAGCGGUUGGCUAUUGCAGUGGGACAGGGCGCAAAAACGUUACUACUACCGGAACAAAGUAACAGAUGAGUGCCAGUGGGAUUACCCGGAGAUGGAGGACGAUGCCAUGGAUAUUUGUACGACUCCUCCGCCACCUGCCGAUGAAGAAGUUUGUAGUACACCUGUUCGAACCCCGUCACCAUCUGGAAGUAAUAGCAACGUCGAUCCUCCAGCCGUAGAAAGUGUAGUUGAAGAGAAAUCAGUGAUCGUCAGCGAACCGUUACCACCAGGCAUAGAUCCUCAAGAAUCUGAAGCUAAGAAACCAGAUUUGACUUCUGUGCUUGAUUCAUUUUACACGGAUAUAGCCGAAAUAGAAAACACAAUUAACAAGAAAGUGCAGGAAGUUCCGGAUCCGAUAGUACCAAAAGUCGUAGAAGUUGUUCAAGAACCACCGGCCAAAAAGAAGAAAAAGGUGAAAGUAGGCUCUUUGCAAAAGAAGAACGUGUCCAAGUUAGUCGAGAAAUGGAAUAAUGUGCAGAAAGACUUGAAUUAGUUUUCAUUCGCCCUUUAUUUACAUAGAACACAAUAAACGUUUGUUGUUAUUGGCCAAAUAUUUUUAGUAAAAGAAAUUAUUUUAACUA